GGCCCUUGGGUCAAUCUCGCGCUUCAUGUGACCCAUGGCCUUGAGGGUUCAGGUUCUGCUGGCAGGGUGGGUGUUGGCAUGGGCCGUCGACAAGUCCAAGUUCCGGACAUGCGAGCAAGGCUCAUUCUGCCGGCGCUUUCGCAAGUACACGGACAAGGUUCAGCAAGAACCAGGCCUUGUGGUGCACAAGCUUGAGCCUUCUUCUGUAACACAUGCUGGCAACAAGGUGCAGGCCCAACUGCUCUUCGCCAACAACCUGCGAGUGAAGCCUUUGCUUCUCCGGCUGAGCUUUUUCCUGAGCGAUGUCGACGGCUCCUGUGGCAUUGUUCGGGCCUUCAUCACCGAGCAGGAGCCGAUGCAUCCUCGAUUCCAGUUGACAGAAGGCGAUGUUGUUCGGCCAGAGAAGGAGCUCAAGCCUGACACAGUGACAGUGCGCGACACCGGCGGGGUGACGGAGGUGGACAGCACUUCGGGCACCUGCAAGGUUCAAAUCAGGCAUGCGCCAUUCGAGCUGGAGUUUAUGGCUGGUGGUCAGGUGCUGAGGCUCAACUCCCGGCAUUUCCUGAACUUCGAGCGAUACCGCGCGAAGGGCUCCUCAAGGGAGGGCCUGGUGGAUGCCACAGACGUGGACGACGGCAACUUGUUCGAGGAGAGCUUUGGCGGGCAUACCGACAGCAAGCCUCGUGGACCUGCUGCCGUUGGCGUUGAUGUCACCUUCGAGGGUGCCAGGGAUGUGUUCGGCCUCGCGGAGCAUGCUGCAGGCUUGGGCUUGGGCGAGAACCGCUUUUCCGAGCCCUAUAGGUUCUUCAACUUGGACGUCUUUGAAUAUGCCUUGGAUGUCCCCAUGGCACUCUAUGGCGCCGUGCCUUUGGUGACGGCGGUCCAGUCUGACGGCUUGGCAUCGGGCUUCUUCUUCCCCAACCCGUCCGAAGGCUUUGUGCAUGUGGAGGCCCAAGGCAAGGACACGCGCAGCUGGUGGCUCUUUGAGUCUGGGGUCAUGGACAUGUUUUUCCUGGCCGGUCCUGGGCCACAGGAAGUGCUGCAGAGGUACCACACUGUCACGGGGUUCCCAAGGCUUCCUCCGCUCGCGGUGCUGGGCAAGCACCAGUCGCGGUGGAACUACGUGGAUGUGGAAGACUCAAUUAGCAUCAACAGGAAGUUUGACCAGCACGACAUUCCCUACGACGUUCUUUGGCUGGACAUCGAGCACACGGACAGCAAGAAGUACUUCACGUGGCACCCCUCGCACUUCCGCGAAGCAGAUAAGCUCCUGGACACGCUCGAGGCCUCCAAGCGGAAACUUGUCACCAUCAUCGACCCCCACAUCAAGAAGGACUCGGGGUAUGACGUCUACAAGAAGAUGCAGUCCCACGAUUUCUUCACCAAGACCAAAGACAAGCAGCUCUACGACGGCUGGUGCUGGCCUGGCACAUCCUCAUAUCCCGAUUUCUGCAAUCCAGAGGCACGGAAGCUUUGGACGACCUUCUUCAAGAUGGACUACUAUCCGCACAACAGGUUGGACCUCUACACAUGGAAUGACAUGAACGAGCCCAGUGUCUUCAACGGCCCGGAGGUUACAAUGCCCCGAGACAACCUGCACAGGUGCAGCGAGAGUGACUACAAGGUUGAGCACCGCGACGUGCACAACGUGUAUGGCUUUUACCAUCACAUGGCCACUGUUGAAGGGCAGCUUGUACGAGCGCCAAACGUGCGGCCCUUCGUUCUCACACGCUCCUUCUUUGCCGGUUCUCACAAGCACGGCGCUAUUUGGACCGGAGAUAACAUGGCAAAGUGGGAGCACCUGGCGAUUUCGGUUCCCAUGCUCGUGUCCCUGUGCUUGUGCGGGGCUUCCUUUGUUGGAGCGGAUGUGCCGGGAUUCUUCUAUGACCCCGAGCCGGAGCUCUUCCAAAGGUGGCAUCAGCUUGGCAUUUGGUACCCUUUCUACCGGGGCCACGCGCACUUGGACGUGUGGCUUAGGACCAAGAGACGAGAGCCCUGGAUGCUUGGGGAGGCAAUCACGCAGAACAUGCGCGAGCAGGUCACCGUUCGAUAUCAAAUGCUGCCAACUUGGUACACGUUAUUUGCCCAGUGGGCUCUUGAUGGAAAACCAAUCAUGCAGCCGCUUUGGUAUCAGGACACCGCAGAUGCAGAGGCUUUCCGGUAUCAAAACACGCACUUCCUGCUCGGUGACAUCUUGGUCCGGGCAGUCACCAAAGCCGGUGAGCGGACUGUGGACGUGUACUUGCCAAAGGGGGCCUGGUUCGACUUCUGGGACCCGCAGGCGCCGCCAGCAGGCAAGCUGCAGAAGCUCAAGGUGAGUCCUUCCAAUGUGCCGGUCUUCGUCCGCUCUGGGGCCAUCCUUUUCAAGAAGAUGAGGCGGCGGCGCAGCUCCCCCACCAUGGCGGCCGACCCGUACACGGUCGUGGUGUACGGGGAUCGGGCCCGAGGCUUCGUGUAUCUGGAUGACGGGCACAGUCACGAAUUCAAGCAGGGUCGGUUCAUCUACGACAAGCUCACAUUCGAUGGGCAGGAACUUGUUGCCGAGCCUGGCCAGAGUUUGCAUGCAGUGGGCGCAGCCACUGGAGGCUUGAUGUCGCAGAGCGCCGUGAUUGAGCGAAUAAUCUUUGUGGGGCUGAAAUCUGCUCCACGGAGCACCCGACUGGGGGACUCGCCAACAGAGCUGGAGGUGACCACCAGCCCAACUCGCAACAACGCAUGGGUGGUCAGCAUCAAGAAGCCUCAGUGCCUGCUGGGAACCGCCUGGAAGCUGCGACUGGACUUCUGACGCUGCCUUCCCGGCGAGCGGCAUCGAGCAACGAAGCGAGAGGGGAAGGUGAUCUCAGAGGUCUUCCAAGGACGUCUAGGCAAUGAUCAGCGGGGGAAGCAUGACCCAAGCAGGCAGAGGUUUCACUGCAAAAGCAGGAUGAUGACUCAGUGCAGUAG